UCCAAACUACCGAGAGAAAGUUUUCUCCAUCGUUUAUCCAAAUUUUCCCUGAUUAGUUUUCUCGGGAAAAUUUUUCUGGCAGAGGCGCGCGCGCGACGAGGAAACUCGGCCAUGAUUCUGAGGAAAGUAUGGGGAUCGGUGUGGAGCCGAUCGAGUAGCGGCAAGGAUUCGGCGAGCCAGAGCGCGAUUCAGGCUCCUCUGUCGCCGCCGGCGUCUUCUUCUCUUGGCGCGUUCGAUCAUCUACCGAUGGAUAUUCUGAUCCAGAUUCUGAUGCUGGUGGAGCCGAGAGACGCGGUGAAAUUGAGCUUGACUUGCAAAGCGUGGAGAUGUCUGGCUGGUGGUAAUCGUCUCUGGAUAUUCUAUCUCCAGUGUUCGCAGGAGUCUUGGGACUCCAUCUUCUUCGCGGAGACUAGUUUGCGCUCUGGUUAUCCUCUCCGAAUGCUUUCUAGUCAAUCAGGAGAGUUGUCUUUCAUGAGAAUUUAUGGUCAGAGAGCACAAGUUCAUGGAUCUAUAAUCAUUGAUGGUGGUUCUGGAUAUUGCAAGUUUGGAUGGAGCAAGUAUGCUUCACCUUCUGGACGUUCUGCAACUUUUCUGGAAUUUGGCAACAUUGAGACACCGAUAUACGCCAGGCUUCAACAGUUCUUUGCAACCAUUUUCACCAGGAUGCAGGUUAAGCCCUCUAUGCAGCCAAUAGUGGUGUCACUCCCCCUCUGUCAUUUUGAUGAUACUGAAUCAGCCAAGGCAUCAAGGCGGCAACUUAAGACUGCUAUCCUAAAUGUCUUGUUUGACAUGAAUGUUCCUGCAGUGUGCGCAGUUAAUCAGGCUGUUUUAGCCCUGUAUGCUGCACGGCGGACUUCAGGAAUUGUUGUUAACAUUGGUUUCCAAGUCAUAACCAUUCUUCCAAUUUUGCAUGGCAAGGUGAUGCGCCAGAUAGGUGUAGAAAUCAUUGGUUUUGGAGCGUUGAAACUCACGGGAUUCCUUAAGGAGAAGAUGCAAGAGAACAACAUUACCUUCCAAUCGCUCUACACUGUUCGUACUUUAAAAGAGAACCUGUGUUAUGUGGCGCUCGAUUAUAAAGCUGAACUUUCAAGGGACACACAAGCUUCAAUGAAAAUUGCGGGCGAAGGAUGGUUUACUCUGUCAAGGGAGCGUUUUCAGACUGGGGAGAUAUUAUUCCAGCCACGUCUUGCUGGACUACGGGCAAUGAGUUUGCAUCAGGCAGUCGCGCUCUGUAUGGACCAUUGUGAUGCAGCAGGAGUUACAGGGGAUGAUAGCUGGUUCAAGACUGUAGUAUUGGCUGGAGGAAGCGCAUGUUUGCCAGGACUUGCAGAAAGGCUAGAGAAGGAACUGCAUGACCACCUUCCUUCUUAUAUAUGCAAUGGAGUCAGAGUAAUCCCUCCUCCUUGCGGCGUGGACUCAGCAUGGCAUGGAGCAAAGCUUAUCAGUAACUUAAGCACGUUUCCUGGUCCUUGGUGUAUCACAAGGAAGCAGUUCCGUCGCAAAUCAAGACUAAUGUGGUGAAUCUCUCAGGAUUUUACUUCUUACAUAUACUGAUAUACAAUACCAAGCUAUUCGGUUCGUAAGUGAGAGGCAUGUAACAGUUGACUGCAUAAUAGUUCCAAGGUACUUUACAUGUCUAGAUGUAUAGUGAUAGUGUUCCAUUAUUGUUUACCCUCCAAAGCAUAGAAAACAUUAUGAAGACCGAGUUACUUAUACACACUGUAUUUUAAACAUAGCUUGUUGAAACCUUGUGGUGGUUUAUAUACUUAAAUCCUUUCACAAUC